CGUACGGAGUAGACGUGCUCGUGGACAAAAGCUGCGCGUUUUCUUACGACGUAAACCGAAAGUUAAAGUUCGUAGGUGUUCGUGCGGAGUGCACUCUUGACGUAUAAUUUUCUUUUCAAACACGAGAGCUCAAGUUUAUAAGUUUCGAAAAGACUGCAGUGUACGGAUAACGAUGUGUAGAAGUGAAGGAUCAAACUUAAAGUAACAUUUGAAAGUUGUAACGAAGUUUGGUGUUCGAUGGUGGAGUGACAAUUUGGUGAUUUCAAAAGACUGUGGCCAUCAUGAUUUGGUUAUUAGUGCUUCUUAGUUUGUGCGUCAGCGUGUAUGUUGAAAGCAGAACACUGACGUCUUUUGAGGAUGUGCCCCGUGGUUGCGAAUGGCAGUCGGUGUACGAUGUGGAGUUACAGGAGGAGCGUGUGCUCUCCUGUCAAAUCAGGACCAUUGAUAGUGCGGAUGCACUUCUUGCAAAUCUAACUCAAACACAAGCUGAUCGCGUUACAGCGAUGAAACUGGAAUGCAGCGACGUGCUCUUCUUCGAGAGCACCAUUGACUCCUCGGCGAGGAACGGGGCCGGUUUCCUCUCGAAAUUCCGCCGCCUGAAAGACCUCGGUGUCGAGUACUGCAAGAUCCGCAAUAUUCCAGCCGCGGGCCUCGCUAGUGUAAGACAUCUUAAACGGCUUUCGCUGCGGUCACACAACUCCGACUGGUCGGCGAUGACGCUGGAGCUGCACUCGGAAAGUUUCCGCGGCAUGUCCGAACUUCGUAGCCUGGAUCUAGCCGACAACAACAUUUGGAGCGCGCCUCAGGACUUGUUCUGUCCGCUCUUCAGCUUGGCCCAUCUAAAUUUGACGCGCAACAAACUUCAGGAGGUCGUGUCGCUGGGAUUCUCCGACUGGGGCAAUGGGCCUCUGGCGCCGGGACACGCCUGCGUCGGUGGGUUGGAGAUAUUAGAUUUGAGCGAUAACGACAUCAUUACGUUACCCGAUAAUGGGUUCAGCGGGCUGCGAGCUCUCAAACAAUUGCAUUUGCAAGAGAACGCGAUUUCCACACUUGGUGAUCGGGCCUUCGUCGGGUUGAACGCGAUGCAGUAUUUGAAUAUGUCGAGCAACUGCUUGGUUGCUCUACCGCCAGAACUUUUCCAGUCUUCUCGGGAACUGCGUUAUCUCUACUUGCACAACAAUACGCUGACAGUGCUCGCGCCUGGUUUAUUGGAGGGUCUUGACAAGUUGCAAGUUCUUGACUUAUCACGUAAUGAGCUGUCCAGCCAAUGGGUCAACAGAGAUACGUUCUCGGGUUUAAUACGCUUGGUUUCCUUGCAUUUAGCCCACAAUCAAUUGACUCGGAUCGACGCGAGUCUCUUCCACGACCUUUACACCCUUCAAUACCUGAACCUUGAGCACAACACUAUCAAUUUCAUCGCGGAAGGAGCUUUCGCCGAAUUAAAAAACUUGCAUACUCUGACUCUGUCGCACAAUCGUAUAUCUAAAGUCGACUCGCAAUUCUUUGCUGGAAUGUACGCGUUGAAUCAAUUGUUCCUGGAUGCGAACCACAUCGAACACAUUCACGCAGACGCCUUCGAGAACGUGACAAAUCUGCAAGAACUAGUGUUGAACGGUAACAUGCUGGGUGGCGUACCUGAAGGAUUGGGCAAGUUGACGAAUCUGCGAACGCUCGAUUUGGGCAAAAACCGUAUAGAAACCGUGAAAAAUUCAUCUUUCGAAGGACUAAUUUCCGUUUAUGGCCUGCGUCUGGUGGACAAUCACAUCGUGAACAUUUCCAGGGAUGCAUUUUCCACGCUACCAGAACUGCAAGUGCUUAAUUUGGCAUCGAACCGUAUCAAGUAUGUCGAACAGAGCGCGUUUGCCAGCAACCCGUUGCUGCGUGCGAUCCGAUUGGACUCUAACGAGCUCACGGAUAUCAGUGGUGUGUUCACGAAUCUAAAAAGCCUAGGUUGGUUGAACGUUUCUUCGAAUAACCUCGCCUGGUUUGACUUCAGCCACUUGCCACCAAGUCUCGAGUGGCUAGAUAUGCACGAUAACGAAAUUCCCGAGCUGGGUAAUUACUACGAUGUUUACUACAAGUUGAAGAUCAAAAUGUUGGACGUAAGCUUCAACCACAUCACCGAGGUGUCGGCGAAUUCGAUUCCCGAUAGUGUAGAGACUCUCUUCCUGAACAACAAUCGCAUAUCGAGCGUGAAGCCGGGCGCGUUCAGCACCAAAGCCCAUUUGGAAAAAGUGGUUCUUUACGGUAACGAUAUCAAGUAUUUGGAUCUUGCCGCGUUGAAUCUUGCACCGGUGCCUGACAACAAAGAUCUACCACAGUUUUUCAUCGGCGGCAAUCCAUUCUACUGUGAUUGUACCAUGGAAUGGCUGUUGAGGAUAAACCAUCUUAGUAAUUUAAGACAGUAUCCGCAAGUGCUUGAUUUGGACAGCGUGACCUGCGAGUUGGCACAUUCCAGAGGUUCACCACCACAACCUCUGCUGGAACUGAAGCCCUCGCAAUUCCUAUGUCCGUACACUACGCAUUGUUUUGCUCUGUGCCAUUGCUGUGAAUAUGACGCAUGCGACUGUGAAAUGACGUGCCCGACGAACUGCAGUUGCUUCCACGACCACACGUGGUCUUCCAACGUCGUGGACUGCAGCAACGCCGGUUACACCGCUGUCCCGGAGAAGAUUCCAAUGGACGCGACCGAAAUCUACCUGGAUGGCAAUAACUUGGGCGAGUUGGGCAGUCACGUAUUCAUCGGUAAGAAAAAACUCGAAGUUCUCUUCUUGAACAACAGCAACAUCGUGCAUGUACACAAUCGCACGUUCAACGGCGUCAAGUCGCUGAAAGUGCUGCACAUGGAGAACAAUCAUCUCGAAGAGUUACGCGGCUACGAGUUCGAUCAGUUGGAGCGUCUCAACGAGCUUUAUCUCGACCACAACAAGAUCGCGUUCGUCGGCAACAACACGUUCGGCAAGCUGCGCAAAUUGGAGGUGCUGAAGCUGGAUGAGAACAAGAUCGUCAACUUUACACCAUGGCAGCAAUUGGCGGCCGACACCGAGACGGGCGCACCGCCGCGCGUCACGCUCGACGGCAACAAGUGGUCGUGCGAUUGUAACUCUGUGGGGCGGCUGGAAGCGUGGCUGCGCGCCACGGGCGGCGAUGCGUCGCGAAUGUACUGCACGGAAAACGCCGCUAGCGGCGAAACGCUCGCCGAAGUGAUACGCCGCUGCGACAACACAGCGAACGCCGUCGCCACCUCCGUCAUUCAACGUGAGCAGAUCUUCAAGAACAACCCUCUGCUGGGUGGUACGUACGUGCCGCUCCUGGCCGCUACACUUAUCGCUGUGAUUGUUGUGUGCUUGCUCGCCGCGAUUGCAUUCGUCUACAGACAAGAUGUGCGACUGUGGGCGCAUUCGCGCUACGGAAUUCGACUUUUCCAUGAUAGCACCACCGCGCACGACAACGAAGACAAAGAUCGUCUCUACGAUUGCUACGUGGUGUACAGUCACAAAGACGAAGACUUUGCAGCGAGAUACAUCGCAUCCGAAUUAGAACAGGCCGGGUUUGCUAUGUGUCUCCAUUAUCGAGAUCUGCAUCUGAUGGGUGGUGCGUCCUACCUCGCUGAUGCUAUGAUAGGCGCUGCGGAUGCAUCGCGUCGCGUGGUCUUUGUGGUCUCGCCGGCGCUUUUGUGCAACGAAUGGGCUCGUCCUGACUUCCGUGCCGCGUUGCAAGCCGCUUUGCGUACCGGCCACCGCCACAAACUCGUGUGCAUACUAAGUGGCGAUCCUUUGGAGCCCAUGGACCCUGAAUUACGCGAUCUGCUGCGCGCGUGCACUGUGACACGAUGGGGCGAGCGACGGUUUUGGGAGAAGCUGCGCUUUGCAAUGCCGGACGUCAACAUGCGCUCGGUGCGACGCAAUAAGAAGCCGGCGGAAAUCAGAUGCAAAACGAAUGCGCGCUACACGCCGGCACCGACCGCGCCGGAAGCGUGGUUCAAAUACAACACCAUGCCGGGGGUGCACGCCGCACUUACGCCGACGCCCACGCAGAGCACGUACGUGUCCGGCGAGUCCGCCAGGAGCACCGAGGACGAGGGUGCAUCCAGCACCAGCAGCCAGCACUACGGGUCGGAUCAGCUGAACCACAGCUAUGUCUCGAUCGACAACCGCCCCCCGCAGUACUCGCAAUACCCACCGUGUCGUGAACCACAUCACGUCUACUCGACCAUUCCAGACACCCAACCUCAGACGCGGACGUACUUUGUUUAAUUGCCGGAUGACCCAAACGUUAACAGACAUUGUAAUCCAGUUACAAGGGUUCGCGCACCAGUUACACGACUUUAAAACCACGUUAAAAACUAUAAAGGCUGUUAUUCACUUAAUUAGGAACGUAAGCAAAUAUUCGAUUACGAAAACUACGUAAAAAUCUAUUUAAAUGUCACUAAGAUUAAGUAAUUGAGUCGAAUCAAGAUUUGUAUAAACUUUUAGGUUCUCUUGGCAUUAAUGGACUUAAUCCUCACGCAUUUCAGAAUAUCAAAUCAAAACAACAUUUUCAUAAUCGUGUAAAUAAUAAUUUGUAAAUAAUUUAUAGGGAUAUUUAUUUAUUUAAACUGAUGUACGUUUUUUCAAUCGAUUGAACCGCUGUAUUAAACAUUACACACAUUGUUAAAUUGUAUUAUGACGAAGAUGAUAUUGAAAUGCGCUUAUUAGUCACUAUGUUUUAAGAAAUAUUUUGUAAAUAUAGAUUUGUAUCUUAAACGACGAUUAUAAAUAUUAACGAGAGGCGCGGCGAACGAAAUGAUGAAUAUUAUUCAAGACUGUUUAUAUGUAAAUAUUAUUAUUAACAAUUAUAGUUGAAGAUAAUUUACGAAAGAAAAGAAAAUGCUCUUGUCGAUCGAAAAUGAACCAUUGUGAACCUAAUAAAACACGAUUCUUUUUAAUUUCAA